AUGCAGAUCAUAGUGGAUGUAUUCCACAAAGAGAACUACGAGGCUGAAGUCAAUGAUACUGUCCAAGAUCUCCCUCUCAACACUCAGCACAGAGACUUUUUCGAAUCUCUUUGUGCCCGCUUGCAUGAGGACGGACGUCCUGUUGAAUACGACAGGAAUACUUUUUGGGUGGAGCCAGUUAAUCCCUAUUUUGCACUGCUGAAGAAGAUACCGGCGAAAGAGGAACCCAGUAAACGCCUAUAUCAACCUCGAGUAUUUCUGUGGCUACCUCAUCACUUGCUUCCACACAGGUCCAAGUCUUUAGAAUGCCCCAAGUGUAAAUCUCCAUUGAAAAGCAAAGGUUUCAACAAGGGUUCGCAUGCUAGAAGAAUCGUUGAUCUUGCAAGUUGUUGUUUCUAUCUGUUGUCAUGCAGAUACGAAUGUACAGUGACUGGAUGCAAAAAGCCUGGAUUUGAAGACUCAUGGCAAUCUCACGACCCCAUCAUUAUGCGACAAUUGCCACAGGAGCUUCAGAUGGAAUUCCCUGCCGUUUUGACUAGCAAAGAAGGUGUUUCCAAAACUGUCGCAAAUCUCCUUCGUCCGUGCAUGCAAAGCUCAAUGGGUACUCAGAGAUUCCAAAAGUUACUCCGAGAAUUGCAUGUUCUUCGUCAUGAUUAG